GUUGGAUCCAACAAGCUAAACCGCCCCGUUGUCUGGCGAUUACAUGACGACCAUGGAUCGGACUUCUUGUGUGCAUUGCUUGUUCUAAUAUCGACGAAGCUUCCUCGAACACUUGCGUCUACACACACCCCUGUUUCACUGCUUUCUGCGUCGGUUGUAAUCUCCAAGAGCAAACGCUGUGCCUUGUCUGAUCGCCAUCAAACAUCCAUCGCCGACGUCCGCGUGACCUCUAGCCGCAGAACUACCAACUGCCUGCACCUGCACCGGCCACGAUUGAUAUCGAUUAUCGAGCCCUAGACAAGACCCAACACUUGUGGUACUCAUCAGCCAUGUCGUCAAGGAAGAAGGUGUUAUUGAAGGUCAUCAUCCUCGGUGACAGUGGUGUCGGCAAGACCAGUUUAAUGAAUCAAUAUGUGAACAAGAAAUUCUCCACGUCCUACAAAGCCACGAUCGGCGCCGACUUCCUGACCAAAGAAGUCACCGUCGACGACCGGAUCGUGACCCUGCAGCUCUGGGACACGGCCGGGCAAGAGCGCUUUCAGUCGCUAGGUGUCGCCUUCUACCGUGGUGCCGACUGCUGCGUGCUUGUCUACGACGUCAACAGCGCCAAGUCAUUCGAGACGCUCGACUCGUGGCGUGACGAGUUCCUCAUCCAAGCUUCCCCGCGCGAUCCGGAGAGCUUUCCCUUUGUCGUGCUAGGCAAUAAGAUCGACAUGGGCGAAGAGAGGAGGAUGAUCUCACAGAAAAGAGCAAUGGCAUAUUGUCAAUCACGCGGGCAGAUGCCGUACUUCGAGACCAGCGCAAAGGAGAGUAUCAAUGUCGAGCAGGCGUUCGAGGUGAUCGCACGGAAUGCCCUGGCCCAGGAAGAGAGUGAGGAGUAUGGAGGUGAUUUCUCGGACCCAAUCAAUAUCAACCUCGACCAAGGGAGGGAAGGAUGUGCUUGCUAAAGUUGGUGGGCUAGAUGGAGUUCGGUUGGAGCUGGAGCUACUUUGGUAUUUGCCAGAGUCUGAUGCAUACACGCCCCACCAAAUGCCGGUGAGCAAUGUGCGAAGAUAGGGAGAUCGCUAUGAAAGCAGAAAGAGAGUCUGAGGGUGUUUGACGAGAAACAUGGCAGAAGGCCCAUCAGGAUCUUCGCUAGGGACUGAGUGGCACAUUUGUAUUUGAUUUCUCAGGCGCUUGGCUCGCCAGGCCCAUGGGGCGUUUUAGGCGCAAGCAAUGCAAUGAAGCAUUCCGGGCUGGUGGCGUACAGAAUACAGACACUGGCAAUUUCACAGGUCAAACCCUUUCUCUGUAUCCACUACAACGCUGCCGUCACAGAAUACUGAUUACGUGUUGCAAAUGGCCAUGGCACU